UUAACGAAAACAAAACCAUUCGAAGACCAGCAAUUUCAAAUCUUCCCACUGAGCUCCGUCGGCGAACUUUCUCUCCGGUGACGUUGUCUUCUCUUCUCCCCGUUAAACGUUAACCGUCAGCUCCUACUUCGGAAUCAACUGUAAAUCAACUCAAUCGUAAAUUGUCAAAAGUAAUACUGAAACAGAUUUUGCCAUGUCUGCGCCUGCUAAAAAAAGUUCUGCUGAAGGUAAGGAGAAAGAUCUUAUCCUCGACAACGACAUGGAAAAAAAUACAUGGAACUUUGCAGAUGAUUCCAUGGAUUUUGCCUUUGAGUCGCCAGCUAAUAAGAAGAAGAAUGUCUUCAAGAUGGAUAUGGGUUUCGAUCUUGAUGGAGAUUUUGGAAAUGUAUCAUCAUUCAAAAUGGACAUGCCAGACUUUGAUUUCUCCAGCCCAGCCAAGAAAACCACAAAAACGAAAGAGAGCCCUGGUGAUAAGUCCAGUGGAGAUUUAAAGCAGAAAAAGAAUCUAUUUGACUUCUCUUAUGACUUUGAUGCGUUAGACGACUUUGAUUCAAGCCCACCGAAGAAGGGAACCAAGACAACGACUAAGGUCAUGGAUUUCGAAGACAUUUCUGCUAUAAGUAAAACUGAUAAGUCUGACUCUUUGGACUUUGGUGAAGACUUACCAAUAACUAGACAAGCUGCCUCUGUGACAAACACCGAUGUCAAGGAAAAAGCUUCUGCUGAAAAAGAGAAUAAAAAUUCCAAGACCACAGAUACUAUGCUUGUGGAUAGCGCACACUCGAAGCAAGCUACAGAAGAGAGCAUGGAGAAUUCUGAGGCAACGGAAUCACCUACUCGUACAAUCCGUCUGCAACCUCAAUCUGUAAACACUUCACCAUUGAAGACAUCAUGUGCAAUGGUUGAGGAUACAGAUGAUCCAUGUCUUCCAAACGAGACCGCAGCACCCUCGCCGUUACAUCCUUCUGAGAAUACACCUACUGCCGAAAACAGAGAAACCAGUCCAGAUAUCCAUGAAAUCUGCAGGUCUAGCUCAAGCGAAGACUGUCCUAGAGAUCCAGAACAGAAUGCGAACAAUGAAAAGAUUUCCACCAUGGACUCAAGCUAUGAAAUGGCUGAACAGACUAAACCAAGCAUCUCAUCUCAGUUAUGUUUUGUCAAGAUGGAUCACCAACAGGAAGAAAUGGGUACAGGGACUCAGGCAGAAAAGCAGGAUCACACUAGAAGAGCAGCAUCUGAUCCAGAUCAUGGACAUCUUCAACCAACUCUCUCAGGAAGAAUAUCACCAGGCUCUCGUCUAAGCCAAGCUGCCCAAGUACAAGAUUCGAGUGGAAAACUACCACUGGAUCCAUCCAACAGCGUGCCAGGGCUCAGUGAUUUAAAGACCACGCAAAACAAAGACUCAGGACUUAUCAGAUCCAAAUUUUUCAAGAAGGCAGAAAAACCACAAACCAAUGUGCUGGAAUCCUCUCUAACUCAAACAGAGAGUCGGCCGGUGACCCGAGAAAGGACUGCGGUUAAUAUGAACCUUACAAAUGAUAGAAGACACGAUAUCCAAGAUGUUUUGCCUGGAUCCAAAACUAGAACAUGUCAAGUUGAGUUUGUGAAAACGGAUUCUGAAAUAGCAAAGGUCAAUUCUAUCCGCAGGUCUCAUGAAAAGAUAAUCCACAAGGACCAUUCAAAUGCCAAGACUGCAGAAAAUGUGGUUGGACAUUUGGAUCAUUUAAAGCUGCAAGCUAAAAAUACAACUAGAGAGAAGUCCAUCUUGCAGAUCAAUAUAAGCUCAAAACUCGAUGCUUCUAGCUUGACUCAGAAGCUAAGUAAAAAUCUGAGUUCUGGAGCAGAAUCUUUGCAGAAGUCCAAGUUGGUAUCUCUUGAAAGGCCUAAACUUGGAAAUAUGGUGUCUGAUAUGCGUUCUGCGAGAACUCAAAGGACCAUUGGAGUAACUAAAGACCAAUCCAGUUCGUUGGUGCAACCAGUAGUGAACUCUACAAUAAGCAAGGAGAGAAAUACCGAAGCAUCAGUUAAAAAAGGCUCUGAGUCUCAUCAUUUGGCUCCUAGAGACAAAACUCAACUCCUGGACUACCCAUCUUCUUUAAAGCGGAAAGCUCUUGAUGAGGAUGCAGAUAGAUCACUGAAGCCACAACUUAAACGCUUUUCCAUGUCUCCAAGAGAAAACAGGAACGUUGAGGAUCUCACACAUAGAGUUGCGCAAGGAAAGUUCUCAAGCCAAGAAAGUAGAAUAAAUGAUAAUAAUACAACCAAGGAGCUCGUCAAAGACAGUCCAUGGAGUACGUCUAAUCACCACAUGAUAAACAUGGCAAAUCUGGAAAUCCCGGUCACGGAGAAUUCUGAUAACAUAGAGAAAGCUGAAGCAUAUACAAAAGAACUCGAGAGUAUUUGCAACAUUCUGAAGAAGAAACAUGAGGAAGCAAAAGACUUACUUGUCCGUUCUGUAGUAAACAGCAAUAAGCUCCUGAUGCUCAACCAUCCUUUACAUGAAGAAAAGGUUCGUAUGAUCCAGAAGUUCGCAGCCAAGUUGAGUUUAAGGGACAUUCAAACCACCACUGUUGCUUAAGAGGUUCGAUGUGGACUUACACCAACACUAUAUCGGCAACAGUAGGAAGGUUGAAGUCUCAUUAGUCCAAG